GUAGAGGGAGGCGGCGGCGAGGAAGCUGCGGCGAUAAACACAGGGCGUCUGCGCCUAUCUAAGGAGGACGAGAAGUGACAACGGCAUCGAUGCUCUAACAAUGGAUUUAUCAGAUAUGCUUCUCUUUAAAACAUUCUUCUUUGUAUGUCUACUGAACAACGCUCAAGGACACUAUGGGAAUCCCCUGAACAAGUACAUCCGCCACUAUGAGGGUCUGUCCUACGACACGGACCCAGUGGACGACAAGCACCAGAGAGUCAAGAGGGCCCUCUCCCACGAGGACAAGUUCCUCCACUUAGAUUUCCACGCACACGGAAGACAAUUUAAUCUGCGGAUGAAGAGAGACACCACCAUAUUUGCCCAAGACCUAAAGGUGGACAUCUCGGGCACUGAGAUACCUUAUGAUACUUCCCAUAUAUACACAGGGGAAAUCUACGGGGAGAAGGGUACCCUGAGCCACGGCUCUGUGGUGGAGGGCAAGUUCGAGGGCUUCAUCCAGACCUACCAGGGCACCUACUACGUGGAGCCAGCCGAGAGAUACCUGAACGACAAGGACGUCCCCUUCCACUCGGUCAUCUACCACGAGGACGACAUCAACUACCCACACAAGUAUGGGCCAGAAGGGGGCUGUGCGGACCACUCUGUGUUUGACAGGAUGAAGAGGUUCCAGGCCUCAGCUGUAGAGGAUUCUACGGAGGAGGUCUCUCUGGACCCCAUGCUGCUGAGGAGGAAGAGGAUGGCGCAGGCGGAGAAGAACACCUGCCAGCUCUUCAUCCAGACCGACCACCUCUUCUUCAAGUACUACAAGACCAGGGAGGCGGUCAUCGCCCAGAUCUCCAGCCACGUCAAGGCCAUCGAUGCCAUCUACCAGGGCACGGACUUCAUGGGCAUUCGCAACAUCAGCUUCAUGGUGAAGAGGAUCCGGAUCAACACCACCAGCGACGAGCGUGACCGGCUGAACCCCUUCCGCUUCGCCAACAUCGGCGUGGAGAAGUUCCUGGAGCUGAACUCUGAGCAGAACCACGACGACUACUGCCUGGCCUACGUCUUCACCGACCGGGACUUUGAUGACGGCGUCCUGGGCUUGGCCUGGGUCGGGGCCCCCGCAGGGAGCUCGGGAGGAAUCUGUGAGAAGAGCAAGCUGUACUCGGAUGGUAAAAAGAAGUCUUUGAACACGGGCAUCAUCACCGUGCAGAACUACGCCUCCCACGUACCCCCCAAAGUUUCCCACAUCACAUUCGCACACGAAGUGGGUCACAACUUCGGCUCCCCGCAUGACUCUGGAACAGAGUGCACCCCAGGGGAGUCCAAGAGCCAGGACAAGAAGGAGAAGGGGAACUACAUCAUGUACGCCCGCGCCACCUCUGGAGACAAGCUCAACAACAACAAGUUCUCCAGCUGCAGCGUGCGUAACAUCAGUCAGGUGUUGGAGAAGAAGAGGGGCAACUGCUUCGUCGAGUCGGGCCAGCCCAUCUGUGGUAACGGGCUGGUGGAGCCGGGGGAGGAGUGCGACUGCGGCUACAGCGACCAGUGCAGGGACCAGUGCUGCUACGACGCCAAUCAGCCCGACAACAAGAAGUGCAAGCUGAAGCCCAACAAAGUCUGCAGCCCCAGCCAGGGCCCCUGCUGCACCCCCGACUGCUCCUACAAGGGCCGCAACGAGAAGUGCAGGGACGAGUCGGAGUGUGCGCACCAGGGAAUGUGCAACGGAGUCACUGCCAUGUGCCCCACCUCGGAGCCCAAGGCCAACUUCACCGCCUGCCACGGAGAGACGCAAGUCUGCCUCAACGGGGGCUGCUCGGGCUCCAUCUGUGAGAAGUACGGUCUGGAGGUCUGCACCUGCGCCAGCCAGGAUGGCAAGGACGAGACAGAGCUCUGCCACGUGUGCUGCAUGGAAAAGAUGAACCCCAACACCUGCAGCAGCACGGGCUCGGAGCGACUGGCGCGCUUCUUCAACAAGAAGGUGACCACGCUGCCGGCCGGCUCGCCCUGCAACGACUUCAAGGGCUACUGCGACGUGUUCAUGAAGUGCCGUCUGGUGGACGCCGACGGCCCGCUGGCCCGGCUCAAGAAGGCCAUCUUCAACCCUGAGCUCUACGAGAACAUCGCCGAGUGGAUCGUGGCCCACUGGUGGGCGGUGCUGCUGAUGGGCAUCGCCCUCAUCAUGCUGAUGGCCGGCUUCAUCAAGAUCUGCAGCGUGCACACGCCCAGCAGCAACCCCAAGCUCCCGCCGCCCAAGCCCCUCCCAGGUACCCUGAAGAGGCGACGAGCCCAGCAGCAGGCGGCCUCCCAGGUCCAGCACCAGUCCCAGCACCCCCACUCCCAGCACCCGGCCCACGGGGCCCACGGGGCCCACGGGGCCGGCCAGCGCCCGGCCAACCGGCAGCAGGCCCCCCGGCAGGCCCAGCCCCAGAGGCACCACCGCCAGACCCGCGAGAACUAUCAGAUGGGCCAGAUGAGACGCUGAGGGCCCCCACCCCCUCCCUCCCCCCGCAGGGCCACCUCCACCUGCCCACCACACUAAGCCCCCCCCCACCCCCGAUCCUCAAGACCCCCCCCCCCACACUUCCCCCUCAAUGCCUUGGCUCCUCCUCGUGCCUACAGUGGGAAAAUACGACACUCCUCCAUCCAAAGAAAAGCCGAACGCGUCGCCACCGUUAACAUCCUCCAUCCACUCAGAGCCAGGGGGCCUCGGGGAGACACCGGGACUCCAGGGGCCCCCAACCUCCAGGGAGAAGGGAGAAGGGAGAAGCAAACCAACUGGAACCACUUUAACUUUGCAGUCCAUGGCGGUGGCUCGCUCUUUGUGGAGGGGACUCCACUGUCAGCCAUUUUGCGCAGUGUGACCUGGUGUCUUUGUUUUCCAACACCUUUUCUUUCUCAUUCGUUUCAAAAGGAGUGCCAAGGAGUUAAGGAAACGUGUGUGUGUGUGUGUGUGUGUGUGUGUGUGUGUGUGUGUGUGUGUGUGUGUGUGUGUGUGUGUGUGUGUGUGUGUGUGUGUGUGUGUGUGUGUGUGUGUGUGUGUGUGUGUGUGUGUGUGGUCGUGUGGUCGUGUGGUCCUCUUAUCGUCUUCUUGAAGGCAGGCAGGCCGUGCCACUGGUCUCCACUCUCUUGCCAGGAAACACUCCGUGGGGGGGAAUCCACAGCACUUUUAUUUUGUGAUGAUUUUUUUUUAAACACGUUUCAAAACGGCAAAGAAUCACCGGCUCCGGUCUUUGCUGCAGACCGGGCCUCCGCAUGUGACUGUACAGAUGACAUGUAUCAUACCUGAAGACAAACUAUUUCUUCUACUAUAAAUGUAAUGAUUUACUUUUUAAAAGGUUUUCUUUAUUGUUUUAUUUCUUUUUAAAUACUUCAGUUAGUGCUCUCAGGACUCUUUAGCCCACAUGAAGGUGGACGUAUCGGAACGAGGACACACACACAGACACAGACACACACACAAACGCAUACACUCAGACACGCCCACGUCCAGACGCAUGGACCUAUUGCAAAUGUCUAUUCCCACUUUUGGAACAAGAUGAAAGACACUAUAUCCUAGCUUUUUAAUUUCCUUUUGGGACCAUCACAUGUGAAAAAAAAAUUCUGUGUGUUUUGCUUUCAUCCGUUUCUUUUUGCUAACAUCUUGUUUCCUAGAGCUGGUUUGUGUAAAGCGUUGUGGGAAAGGGAGUGACACUAGGUUCAUGGAACGCCUUGUAUGGUCUAUAAGGAUUUUUCUUUUCGUUGUUGAUUUAGAGGAAUGAAUAACCACUAACCGAAGGAGGGAUGAAUCAUGUUACCUGGUCAAAUAUGAAGCAAAAGCUCGGAGCGGGAAAAACAAAAUGUUGGGUUCCUCAAUGGGAAGACAUCUCUACAGAUGUGCUCAACCGUCGCCGUGGUCACCAACGUGACGAUGGGAUGGGUAGCUCAGGGCUCAGAUUGCUAAAACCCUCAACCCUGGCCCUCACAGGUGUGUCGGCUCCUGUGAUGAUGAUCAAACUCUUUGAGCUGGCUGGUGGCGAGCAGGGCUCUGUGUGUCUCCUGUCACCAGGCCGGCUGGGGUUCAGCUCCCAUCUAAACUAGUGUAUUGGUCCCAGAGCUACGAUAGAAGGGCGAAAACACAAUGCAUUAAAGGGACUCUAGUUGGGAUGUACAAACAUGUGAGAUGAAUUCAUUCUUCUGAUUCUUGAGAUCAAUCUAUAUAUUUUUUUUUAAAGGAAUUUAUUCAAUGUGGGCAUGCAGACACAUCUCUUAAAUGUGAUAAAUGAUUGACAAAGGUCUGUAAUAUUUGUCUCAAGUAAUCACUUUUUGCUUCCUUAGCUGAUAUAAUUAAAUAACAUGGAACAAUGUGAGGAGGAAUGUUAUUACAUUGUCUGUCGCGCUACACAGAAAAUAACCCUGGCGUGUUUUGAAGUGAGUGAUGAAGCGGAUCCAAGUGGCAUUUUCUUAUUUUGAAAACCAAGUAAACUUACCUCUUAGCCAACCAAGGCAUCUGUGGGUGCCCAUCUUCUUCAUCCACAAACACUUAAUCGUUGUGUGUCAUGUCUUUUUGUUUUUAACCCGGUCCUUGUUGAAUUGUUUACUGUCAUGUGAUGGCGUGUGCGGCCUCGACCUCCAUACUGCACGCCUUCAGACCCCCGGCAGGCUCUCUGCACAACGCUGCAGCCACUCCAAGUCCUGUCCUUUUACUUUUACUCUUUUCAGUUUUUGAAUAGUGGUACUGUUUCAUUUUGAGCUUGUUUUCGUGUACGCCAGCUGUUUCAAAAGUCCAGUCGAAAUGUUAAACCUGACUGACCCUAAAGAUGAGAAACACAAGGUUUUUGGUGCUACUCUUGUGGUUAGUUACUUUGGUGCAAAUGUCUGAACAAGAUCAAUAUUUGGAGGAUAGCAAAUUUAACAACUAACCUAAAAAGAAAAACACUACUUUUAAACAUGCAGUGAUUAUUUGUGAAUAUACUGUGUCUGACUGUAUCAUGGUUUUAAAGACUGGGUUGGACCAACUGCAAACCGAUCCUUUUAUUCCUCACACAAGCUCAACAGUGUAAGUCCCUUUCAGGGCUCUAGGACUGCUGAAGGGAGCCCCUUUUCAACGGUUGGACCUCCACGUUAUUCGUUUGGUUUUCUCUCAAUGUAUCGGCAUGAGAGUUAUAAUAAUGAGAGUUAAUGCUAAAUUAAAACUUUAUAAAAUGGCUCACGGUUUGGAAUGGCUCUCUGUUAAGUCUUAUUGCACCAAUAGGAAAGUUCCACACACCAACUGCCGUUGUACAGAGCGUUCUAUUGGCUGCCAGGCACAUGCCUCAGGGGACUAUAGGUAUCUUAUGUCCUCGUCGUGUUUAUUUCGGUCUUAAAGACUUAUUCCAUGAUUUCAUGUUGUAUCUGUGCUCAUGUCUAUCACACCCAUCGUGUUGCAGUGAUCAAAUAAGAGCAUUGUGACUACUGAGCUUGUCCCUGUUGGCCGUUUAUGUGACAUCAGUGAGGAAGGGGGUUUUGAAGGUUGAAGGUUGUCCUCAUCGACGUGGUCUGUGCAGAGCGGGGACAUCUUUUUGAUUCCAUUGUCGAGGCUCCGUCCCUACAGUGAGCCUGGGCUAUAUAAAUAUAAACUUGUACAGAACCUAGAGAAUUUGCAUUUCACUUGAGGAUGAAAAUUACAUUUUGAUACGUGUUUUUUUUUUUGUAAUCUAAUUCUGGAGUAAGAUGUUCAUGUGUGAUAAACCUCUCUUAUAAGUUAUUCAUGUUACUAUGUGUGCUAGUUCAAAUAAGAUUUGAUUAUAAUACCUUUCCUCCACCCAUCGUCAAUGGAAAAAACAAAGAAAAAAAACAUUCAGUGUAAUGGAUUUAUUGUUGCAUUUUUAAUUUUGUCUUAUUCUGUGGCAGGGGUGUGGGGAGGAGAAAAAAAUGCCUGUAAAUUUGACUUUCCAUUUUUAUUUUCUAGUCUUGAUUCUAGUUUUGAAUAAACGUGCACUGAAAUGUCCAAAUUGAGUUGAAAUGUUGUAGGUGAUGUAGGCCGAAAGAACACAAGAGUAAAAAGUUAAAACUACUGUCUGAUUUUAAUGUUCACUGUGUUUUAUACAGUAUCAGAAAUUUUUGUUCACUUUGAACAUUUUUACUAAAAAGAAAAAAAGAAAAAAAUCUAAUUGUAUUGUGCAAAGAGAUGUAAUUUUUUGGAGUACUUGAAAUGCAUUAAUUAAAAGACUCGAUCAAAAUAAACUAGCCCCCUGUUUAA